UCCUCCCUGUUCUAGAGACAGCCGCUUCUUUUCGUGCAGUGCCAGCCUCGUUCCAGAGACACGAUGGUGAAGGUCGGAGUGAACGGAUUUGGCCGUAUUGGGCGCCUGGUUACCAGGGCUGCCUUCACUUCUGGCAAGGUGGACGUUGUUGCCAUCAAUGACCCUUUCAUCGACCUCAACUACAUGGUCUACAUGUUCCAGUAUGACUCCACCCACGGCAAGUUCAAAGGCACAGUCAAGGCUGAGAACGGGAAGCUCGUCAUCAACGGGAAGGCCAUCACCAUCUUCCAGGAGCGAGAUCCCGCCAACAUCAAAUGGGGUGAUGCCGGCGCCGAGUAUGUUGUGGAGUCGACCGGUGUCUUCACCACCAUGGAGAAGGCUGGGGCCCACUUGAAGGGUGGGGCCAAAAGGGUCAUCAUCUCCGCCCCUUCUGCGGAUGCCCCCAUGUUUGUGAUGGGUGUGAACCAUGACAAGUAUGACAAUUCCCUCAAGAUUGUCAGCAAUGCUUCCUGCACCACCAACUGCUUGGCCCCCUUGGCCAAGGUCAUCCAUGACAACUUUGGUAUCGUGGAAGGGCUCAUGACCACAGUCCAUGCCAUCACGGCCACCCAGAAGACUGUGGAUGGCCCCUCUGGGAAGCUGUGGCGAGAUGUGUCUGUUGUGGAUCUGACAUGCCGCCUAGAGAAAGCCGCCAAGUAUGAUGACAUCAAGAAGGUGGUGAAGCAGGUGCGCCCUAUGAAAGCUCUUGUGUUAUGCUCUAUAGUGAGCGAGGUACCAUUAAUUCUGAGUGCCGCCUUGGCAGGAAUGGCAGAUGGCACCUAUAUGAUGACACUGAGCAGUUCUGGAGGUGGGCGACAUCUGCAAGACUGCUGUAGCAGUGACUCUGGGGAGCGGAAGCUCACACCUGCUUCAGUGGCAUGA